AUGCUCGGCAGCAUUCUUCCUUUCGAUGAGGAGCAAGUGGACCGCGUCAGCGAGUACUGCGAGAAGCGCUCCCUCCCCAUCACUGACAACCUGGCCGACCACUGGGAGUGGACCCGCACUCGUUUCCCCGAUGCCGACAAGAUGUCCAGCUGCCUCCAGGGCUCCUGGAUGAUCUUCACCGCCAGGGACCGCAAGCCCAAGCGAAUCUUGGAGAUCGGCUGCUUCUCCGGCUACAGCGCGCUCGCCUGGUACGAGGGUACCAAGGAUACCAAGGCCGAGAUUGUGACGCUGGAGUACAGCCGCAAGAUGAUCGCUGCCUCCCGCGAGGCGUUCGCCAAGUACGGGGUUGAGGACCGCAUCAAGCUGGUCGAGGGCCCCGCCGAGAAGACGCUCCCCACCCUGACGGGCGAGUUCGACCUCAUCUUCGUCGACGCCAACAAGGAUGGCUACGCCAACUACGUGAAGACGAUCCUGGACCAGAAGCUCCUCUCCCCCAACGGCAUCAUCCUCUGCGACAAUGUCUUUGCUCGCGGCCUUUCGAUUGGCCCGGACUGCGCCCCGUGGCUCAACGACCACGUCCGCCCCUACUGGCUCAGCUGCGGCCAGGCGCUGGAUGAGUUCAACACGAACCUUAUGAAGGACGAGCGCGUUGACGUGCUGCUGCUGCCCCUCUUCGACGGUGUUACUCAGAUCCGGUGGAGGGACCAGGUGAAGGCUUAA